UUUAAGGCUGCCAUAUUCGCUACAAGCUGUUGUCCUUUAUGUGUCUGAGAUAACAAUUUUUUUAUACAUAUUCCAUGUUUACUACUAGUUCUUCAGUGUUUCAAAAUUAUGCCAAAUAAUUAAUUCUCCAUUCUCUAUUUCAACAUAUGUAAAAAACUGCUAGUCAACGCCUAUGUGCUUCAGCCUAUAGAUUGCCACCAACUGUGGAUGUUUUGAAAAAGAGAUUUAUAUAUAUACAAGGAAAAAUAUAAUUUAAAAAAUAUAAUUAUUAAACUGUGCUUAUUAACAAAAGAUCAUUAUUUGUGAAAGAAAGUGCGACUCGGUGAGCGAUUUUUUUUUCGAUCAAGUCAAGUUCUCAUCUGCUCCUCGUCGGGUCAACUGCUUGUCUUUAAGUUGGCGCGUUCCGUAUAAAAAGAUGAAUACAAGAUUUGCAAUAGUCACCUUCUUCUUUUUCAUCGUAAACAUUGUCCGGACCCAAGACCAUGACAAUUCCAAUGAUCCGUUAUCCAAUAUGCGAAAAGCACGAUUUGUCUGGCCAAACUAUAUUCCAACGCCCCCCAUGGAACAUAGUUCAAAAUAUCUUUAUAACGAUCCUCCUCCGACAAACGAGGAAACCUUCGAUUUUAUAAUCGUAGGUUCCGGAUCCGGAGGCGCGCCUUUAGCCAACAGACUUUCAGAGAAUCCCAAGUGGAAAAUAUUAUUGCUAGAAUUAGGAGAUGUAGCACCUCCGAUAAUGGAGAUACCAGCUUUAGCACCCUUAUUUCAAAAGACCAAGUAUGACUGGGCGUAUAUGGCCGAAAAGGAAAAUGGCAGCUGUUGGGGUUGUCCAAAUCAGCGAAUGCAUUGGCCAAGAGGUAGAGGUCUUGGUGGCACCACCCUGAUCAACUUUAUGAUUAGCAUCAGGGGAAAUAAACUCGAUUAUGAUAGAUGGGAGGCAAUGGGCAAUCCUGGAUGGAGUUACAACGACGUCUUGCCUUAUUUUAAAAAAAUGGAAGACGCUCGUGUUCAGAUUCAAGAUGCUGAAUAUCGCAAUAAAGGUGGAUACAUGACAGUUUCGGAUAUACCAUAUAAAACAAAAUCCAUAGAAGCCUUCGUACAAGCUGCUCAAGAAGCAGGCUACCCAUAUGUGGAUUAUAAUGGAAGGGAUCAAAUGGGAGUUUCAUUUGUGCAAGGAAAUAUUAGAAAUGGGCUUAGAUGCAGUGUGGAAAAAGCUUACCUAAGGCCAAUACGAGAUAGAAAAAACUUAAAAAUAUUAAUCAAUUCCAGGGUAACUAAGAUUUUAAUAGACCCAAAAACCAAAAGGGCUUAUGGAGUAAUAUUUAUCAGAAAUAAAAAAUACUAUAAAAUAACUGCCACCAAAGAAGUUAUUUUAUCUGCCGGUGCUUUUAAUUCGCCUCAGCUACUAAUGCUAUCAGGUAUUGGUCCAAAAAGUCACCUGGAAGAACUUGAAAUCCCUGUUAUUCAAGAUUUACCUGUGGGGCAAAAAAUGUAUGAUCAUAUAACAUUUAUAGGACUGAAUUUUUUGGUGAAUGAAUCAAUAGUUGCUAAUGACAGAGAAUAUUAUAACCCCAAAAACAUAAUUGAAUAUUUAGGACGUAAAAGAGGAGUUUAUACUAUAUUAGGGGGAGUGGAAGGAUUGUUGUACUUUAAAACAAAUGCUUCAAGAGAAAUUGAUAACUAUCCUGAUAUGGAAGUAAUUUUUAUUGGAAGCAAUGUAGCAGCAGAUAGAGGAGUCAUAUUUAAAGACACCAUGAGCAUCAGUCAAGAGCUCUACAAUGCAUAUUGGAAGGAAAUUGAAACAAAACCCUUCUUUCAAACACUCCUUAUGUUGGUCCAUCCAAAAUCUUAUGGUUAUUUAAGAUUAAAAUCUAAAAAUCCAUUUCACUGGCCCAAAUUUUAUCCUCGCUAUUUCACUGAUAAAAAUAACGAUGACAUCAAGACUUUUAUUGCAUCAAUCCGAAAAACUUUGGAGAUCAUUAAGAUGCCCGCCCUACAGAGAUACAGAGCCACUUUAUAUGAAAAACCCAUGCCAGGUUGCGAAAAACAUACAUUUAACUCUGACGAGUACUGGGAAUGCGCUUUAAGAACGAUAACGCCCACCUUACAUCAUCAAGUUGCAACCUGCAAAAUGGGACCAGUUACAGAUCCAGAAGCUGUGGUGGAUCACAGAUUAAGGGUACAUGGUAUUAAAAACUUAAGAGUAGUAGAUACUAGCAUAAUACCUCUUCCACUGACGGCCCACACCAAUAUUCCUACUGUGAUGAUUAGUGAGAAGGCUGCCGAUAUGCUCAAAGAAGAAUGGGAAAAUAAGAUUGAUAUUAGAUUAGGUUAAAUUGUAUUGUACACAUACUAUUAUAAUUAAAAAAUGAUGAUGGAGAUUGUAUUCAAGAAAAAAUAAAACACAAAGUCAAAGUCACAGAAAAAUAUAUUAAAAAGUGCUCUGCAGAUUUCAAAUUAAAGGAUUAUGAAAA